CGCGGAGUGUCAUCUACACGUACGUUCUUGUUCCAACAACUUUUAACAUGGAUUAAAAUUACGUGUAGACAUAAUUAACCCUUUCACCUGUGUUAAUUAUCCAUGUAGAUUGAUUACAUACUAUAUGAUUUUUAGUUCAUAAAUUGGAGGGCAAGAAGAGAAGGAGAUGGAAGACUACGAGCAAAAGAUCAACUCGGGGAAUGUGUUCCUUCAGAGUCAGGCUGUGACCAAACUCCACACCAAACUACUUGAAAAUGUACAAGAAGGAGAGUCCCUGUAUGAUAGGGAAGAAGUCAAAUGGCUGUGGCAGACUGCUAACAAGGGAGACAUGACUGAGGCAACGCUGGCCAUAGAGAUCUUGAUAUCGCUUGCCAAAGCUGGUUUCCUUCCGGUUCCAGCAACGCUGCAAAACUUCCUGGCUGAUGUUAUGUGUGCUAAGUCUCCUCGAGCUAUUGUACAGGGAAUCACAGAGAUAGUGUUAAUGUCUCAGAGGGACUCUGACAACAAUGGAGAGCCGGAGUUUCCUUUUACAGGCCCUCCCAAAGGCCCAACUCACCCAUAUGUUACACUUAUCACUAAACGGCCUGAUCUGACAUCCACAGUCCUCGAGGAAGUGGCCAGUCUGCUGCGACAUCCAGAUAACAAGUUUUUUACUCUUAUCAAAGAUAGUAGCAAAGAUCACAUAGAAAGGAAGAUGAUGGUACUACUUGCUCUAACAGAAAUUGCAAUAGCUGAUAAUUCUGCAAGGCUGCAGUCAGCUCUGUUGCCUUGUCUUGUCAUGAUGGUGCCACUGGCAUGGAAGCAAGGGUUAGGAACAAGAACAGUAGAAAGAUAUAUGAACAUACUGGUGUCCCGCCUUGGAAGAGGAUGUGAUGUUACCCUGUGUGCUUUGGCAGAAGUCAUACCUCAAACUUCUGGACAGCUACAAGUAAAUCUCUAAUGGGAAAGUGCAACUCUUCUUUCAAAUAAAGAUGGUAAUCCUCUGAUUGGUGCAAGAUUGUUGCCAUCAUUGCUACAGGUGUUGUCAGCUCCCUGCACAAGUAUUCCUGGCCUGACAACAGCUGCUGCAGCUGUAGUAUCUCUUAUACAGGCAACACCAGCUCAAGCUUCAGCUAAUACCCAGUUGGCAGGUAAUGCACACUGGGAAACCUUAUGCUGCACAUUUUCCAGUCUGGUUUCCUUCAUACCAGCACUGGAGUUCUCGGAUCGAUUGGUCAGGGAUCCACAACUGGCCUCAGAUUGGCUGUCCAAGCUUGCUACAUCCACCAACCAGAUUUCAAGCUUUCAUCAUACUUUUGUAACAUCUGUAUUUUUGUACCAGGGGUCUACAUCACAGUCAGUUCAGGAAGCAACUAAGGUACUAGAAAAGGAGGUGAUGAAGAAGAAGUCCCUCUCCAUAGAAGUAUUCCCAAUGGUCCUUUACAGACUAGGUCGUGAACCUGAUCCAGCAACACGUCUCACAAUACUGUACACUCUGCCUUCAUUAGCAGUUAAUAAGCUAUGUGUUGCAUUGGUGCUGAAGACUCUCCUUGCUCUGUGGGGGUCUGGUUCCCUGCGCCCACUUGUCCUGCGUCUUGUGUAUGAUUUGUGGACAGUAGAACCUCGAACUUACUCAUACCUGUCACAGCUGAUCAACGAUCGGUCAAUAAAUUCUGCAGAAGUUCAGAUUGCAAGGGCAUUUGUUGUCACCAGUAUAUGUAAAUCAAAACCUUCCCAGCAUGGCGAAGAACUGCUGCCGCUGCUCUCAAAAGUCUUGAAUGAAUGCCGCGGUAAUGAGGGGACUGCUCAAGCCUUGAUAGCCCUUGAUGGUAUAUAUGCUUUAUGCUCCAACCAAGUCAUAGACUUGCGAACCACUUGGCGAGUUAUUGCUCCCAAAUUGGUGAGAGACAAUAGGCCUGAAAUUACUGUAAAACUAUGCAAUCUCCUAGGGCUUGUCCCAACACUCCAUGUAGAGAGCUCAGAGUAUGAGAAAUUCACAGAGAACUCUCUUAUAAUUCUGUGGAAUUGGGUAAGUCAUCAUCAUAGCUUAGAUGUAGUGGAAGCAGCAUAUAAGUCACUGGAAAAUUACAAGUAUGGCAGUUAUACUCUGAGAAUGUUACCAAAAUAUGCCAGGGAAGGACACCAAUUGCCACCCAGCAUGGCUGCAACACCCUUUGAAGCUGCACGUAACCCAGUGGAUGUCUUGGAUUAUGUCCCUGCUAUAGGCUGGAUUAAGCUGAUGAAGGGAUGUCCAGAAUCCCACAUCCCACAUGUGCAGAACUUCAUUAAGUCUCUAGUUGCACGAGAAGUAGCUGGACUUCCAAAAGGAAUCUACAUGACAGCCGUUCAGGAGGCAAAGCGCAGAGGUGUCAAGGGUAGUGGUGGUCAACCAGAGCCUCCUUCAUACAGUUUCCUUAAAGACACCUCAACAUUGAGAAUUCUUGUGAAUUUCCUAAUAGACUUCCCUGAUAUGUUGGAAAACUGCACAGAUGUAGAUGCAAAGCAGAGAUUGCUAAGGUGUGCUGUAUUAGCAAUGGAAUCUUUGGGCCAGCCAUUGCCACGGCCAUAUCCAGCUCUAGAUUGGAUAUUUUUGGAAAAGGUGCUUUAUGCAGCCCAGUCAGUUUCAAAUUCGGAUUGGACAACAAGGAUUCGACAUAGUCUCUUUAGAAUUGCUGCAAGACAGAGUAAUAAAUCCCCCUCUGCAUGUAACCUGAUAAGCCAGUGGAUGGUACCAGCACCAACCAAUGGCUUAACAAAAGAAGAUGAAAUUACACUUUUUGGGCUAUUAGACCACAUUGGUCGUGGAGUCCCUCCAAACUUCUUGCAGCCAUUCAUAGCAUACAUUUUCCAACAACGCAUAUCUGAUCCAAAACAUAUGAAAGCUAUAUUAGAGUCGGUAAAACCAGUCCUUACUGCUGACUUCAUCUUUGACACUAAUAGAAAUGUUUUGAGUAAUGCUAUUGAACAUCUAAAUGAAAAUAUGGACCCUACAGAUGAAGAAGUAUAUAACACCUACAAGGCAUGUGUUGCUGACCUUCCACAAAAGCACAUAGAACGACUAACCUCUCCAUCACUUUGGUGGGAAGUCACAAAUGAGAGAUUGUACAGAGCAGCUGUGCUACGUUGCCAUGUAGCAGAGAAGGAUCCAGAGGAAAUGGCUCUGCCCUGGCUCAAUGACUUGGUAGACUCUGCUGCUUCUUUGCCUGGUGAUCGAUCACAUCUGCUUAGUGUCAUGUCAAACACUUUAGUAACUAGGUGCCACAUAAAUGAGAGUACCUCAUGGUUCUUGCAGCUACUAGGAAGACUGAGAGAUCACCUGAAGAGAAAGACAGACGAUAACCUCGUUGCAAUGCAUGAGCAGCAGCAGCGCAUUACCUUCUACCUUGAUCUUUUGGUUAUGGGGCUUAUUGUAUGGUCGGGCUUAUGGGCCACGAAUCAUAUGCAGGUCCUUGCAGAGACUUCAGCACUGCGAGAUCGUCUUCUCCUUCCUUCCUUGGUGACGCUUUCGGGUCAACCUGCAUGGAUUCAGACUCUCAGUCAGUUUCUUAACUGGAUGGUUUCAUGCCAUACCCUCUUACAGGAUUAUAAUGCGUCUCGUUAUCACCUUGGCUCACCCACGCUCCUCCUUGCCACACUCAACCCAAGUAUUUCUCAGGUCAUGUGGAAUAAAGUUAUUGCUAUGCUUGUAUAAAGAUCAAAGGAUCUGUAAUGUAACAGAUAUUUAUUCAUUAUCAAUUUAAGAGAAUUGCAAUAUAUAAUGUAACUUUGCAUGUGUUUAUAUGGCUCUACAAUUCAAGGGGAAUGAGAAACUUGAAAAUUAUUUGAGGUGUUGGCCAAGACAAGAGAAAGAGGAACCACUGAUGCUUUUGAAAAAGUUAAACCCUGUAAAAUGUCAGAAAUAUAACCCUAAUUAUUGACUGCUUUACGUUUCAGGGUUAUCUCCCUUGCUUCAGUCUUCAAAACUGUAUGGUUUUAAAAUAUGUUAUAUUGGAAAUAUAGGAGUGUUAAUGUAUUCCAGUCAUGUUACUUGUCUUCCAUUGUAAUGGCUCAUUUGUUGUAAUUGCAUUAAAUGAGAACAUAUGUGUAGAUGUAUAUUCUGUUAUAUCUUCAACACAUAUAAAUUAAUUAGAUAUUUUCAUUUAUUGUAAUAAGUAUUACCUACGAGUGAUAAUAAAAACGCAAGUGGCAUUUA